CUGUUGGCGGAAAUGGAUUUUGUAAUGCCACUGACUAUGUUGUACUUAUUUCUGUAUUUGUCUUCGUUCCUUGUUGUGGAUUGUCAAAAACCAAUUAAAGUCACCUCCUACCAAUCCCUUGUCUCCUACAUCGAGAAGGGGGCGGGGGUCAGCUUUUUCUUUAACACUGCUAGCUGUGCAACAUCAGCUUUAAGAUCAGCCGACGACUACCCUGUGUUUGGUGGGGAACUGAAUCUAUUUUUAUCUCUGAGCAAAUCGGAGGAAAACCCUGGACAAACGAUCUUCAGCAGAGUCCGAUACAUCGAUGAAAAGCCAAAUGAAUUAAAUGAAGAAAUACAAUCCAUAUAUAUCAUCAAUGAUACUGCCUCUAUAUUCUGGGGAAGACCUGGCUUCUUUGUGAAUAAUACUUCCGAUUUUGACGGAGUAAACUGCAAUUGGACAAGAGGAAACGGAAAUAUUUGGGUUAGACAAAGCAAGGACCAGGAACGGUUAAGGUCUUUCAAGGAUAUAAAGGCUGUGCUUACUUCUGGUGAGAAGGUCCGUUGGGUCGUUAAAUCUAGAGGAUGUCAAUGUCCACCAGAUGCCGCUGUUUGUUUAGAUGGUGCAGUUGGUGACACCAUUACAGAUUUCAAACUCAUGACGGAUGGUUCCAUAACUUUCUCCACUUCUAUGACUGUUCAAGUUAUGCUGUCUUGGGUAUACAUUCGAGUCCUUGUCUUUGGCCAUAUUUAUGAAAACAACACGGCAAACUUUAUGCUGUCAACAUUAGAACCUACCACGUGGGAUGACGGAGGUGAUCAUUUCAUCUUAUGUCCAAUAACUUCAGGGGAUUCCACGGAAGGAGCAAACUUUUUUACUGAGGGCUGACAAAUUUACAGUUUUCCCCUCAAUUAUAUUUUUCUUAAUUAAACAUUUAUAUACUUAGGUAUAUAUAUUACUUUUUUGAAGUUAUGAAAACCCGAAGGUUUACGAAAGUCUUUAUAGCUUCUUCACUUAUAUUAUUAAAUUUCUUUGUUUAUAUAAACAUGAUAUUAAAAGAAACAAAAAUAUAAU